AUGUUCUCAUCGGGUCUCCGUCGUAUGCCUCCCUGGUCGUCCGCCAUACCAGAGCUGAGUAGCUCCACGGUACUGGGGUGUAAAGAAUCUCAUCAUUUGGUUCAUGCUUCUCUACAUCUACCAUCCGACAACGUUUGCUUCAUCUUUAUAACCAGCGAAGACGUUGCAACCGAAAGCCUCGAGGCACAACUUAUUGGAAGAAUAAAACUCUGUGAAAGACUGGCGAAAUCUAGAGGGGUGAUAUACCUCAAGACUCAAGAGGUUGGGCAUACGUUUUACACACUGUCCCAUGUAAUGCGGCAGGGUUUCGACGAAUCUACGGUUAAACCGUUCUUACUACCACUUUCGAAAGUUCAGGAUUUAGUACCGGUCCUAGAGUCCUUCGUCCGAGACCUCCGAGCACAAAGCGUAGCCUAUGCUGAAAAAACAGAAAAGCUUCGGAACUCUCGUAUGUUACGUAGUUUAAAUCUCCUAGGAGAUGCCGUAACUCAUACGAAAAUCAACGAACACGGUACUGUUAUUGUUUAA